AUGAAUGCAUGUAAUCUAAAGGUUACACUUGUUCAGCGUCAGUUAAGAGAAGAUUGGAAUAAUCGUGAAUACGCUCAAGUUAUUUCUGAUAAUAUCCGCCAUAUCGGAGAUUUCCUGUGCAAUUUUGAUCUAUCUUGUCGGAGCAAAAUCGCUAUACUUAGUGAUAAAAUAUCAUUACUGGAGCGCAAAGUCGAAUUUUUGGAGGCUAGAUUAUCGAAAGGAGAAACAUUGAAUUGA